AUGGAGACAAAUAUUCAAUCGAAGAUAGAAAAUCGUGCUAAGAAAAUGUAUAUAUCUUAUGCUUUGGUUAUCAUUUGUUUAUUUGAUUGGUUUUAUAAAUUCUUUCGAAUAUUAAUUGGCUUAGAUUUUCUAAGUAUCUUUCAAUAUUUUUCAUAUAUUAUUCAUUUAUGGCAAAUCAAUACUAUUAUAACAACAUUAAUUAUUGGUAUAUGUUUAUUAGGAAUACCAAAAUUUAUUUCGUCUCUACAAAAAAGUUUCGAUGUUAUAAAAAAAGCUUUAAAAUCAAUCAUGAAAAAUUCAAUUAUCAUUGAUAUACCACUUGUUCUAUAUCUAUUGAUUAUUAUUUUUAAAUUUUAUUAUUUAAUAUUAACAUGUAUAAAUAAUGAUAUUAAAAAUGAUCAAUCAGAUUCUGACAUAACAAUAAAUAUUGCAUAUUGGAAAGAAAUUCGUCAAAGUUUAACUCUUUAUCGUUAUUCAACUUUAAUAACUAUUAUUCUCUUUUGUCUUGGUAUUUAUACAGUAGUUACUAAUCAAUUAACAUAUCAGUUAUCGAAACGAAUUCUAUCAAUAUUUGCAAAACAAAUAAAAAUUAUUCAAAGAUUUCUUUUCAUGACAAUUCCAACACCAUUGUCCAUGCUAAGUUUAUUAUUAUUGAAUACAACAGUUCAAUUAUUUCCAAAUAUAUCUUGUGGAAUGUAUAAUAUUUUAACAAAUCGUUCAAUUAUAUACUUUAUUAUUAUAUUAAUAUGUUUAAAUCAAUUUUAUAAAUGGUUAUGGCCUUCAUCAAAGUUUAAGGUAGAUUUUACUGGUGAUAUUUAUUUAAAUGAUGUCUCACGAUUAAAUGAAACAAGAAUUUUCUCAUUAUUUUAUCCUCGAACAUUAAAUGAUAUUGAAUAUUUAAUAUCAAAAGCUCGAAAUGAAGGUAAAACAAUAUCUAUUCGUGGACAAGCACAUACAAUGGGUGGACAAACAUUACCAUCACGAAAAGGAAAUCGAAUGAAUUAUGUUUGUGAUUUAAAAUAUAUGAAUCGUGUUGAAUAUAAUGAAUCAACAAAAGAAGUUUUAGUUGAAGCUGGUGCAACAUGGACACAUGUUAUAAAAAAACUUAAUAUAUAUGGUCGAUCACCUGUCAUCAUGCAGAGUUAUUGUACAUUUAGUGUAGCAGGAACAAUUUCAGUUAAUGCACAUGGUAUUACUUCUGAUCAUGCAAUGUAUGAAUCAGUUAUUAGUAUUGAAUAUAUGGAUAUGAAUGGAAAAAGAGGUGAAUGUAAUCGAGAAAAAGAAUCGGAAUUAUUUUCUUUAAUGAUUGGAGGAUAUGGUCUUUUUGGAAUAAUUACUCGAUUAAGAUUAAAAACAGUGUCGAAUAUUAAAACUUCACUGGAAUAUAUUCGAUUACAGUCGGAUCAUUUUUCAACAUACUAUGAGAAUUUUCUUGAUGAUUCAACAAUUGAAAUAAAAAUUGCACGUGUAGAUCUUGUUCGUCCAAAUAAUAUUUUAAUGUUUGUAUUUCGUCAAGAAUCAGGUACAUCAGGUACUGUUGCUGAUUUAAGUGAUGAAGCACGUGUUAUGCAUCCACGUCAACAUUUAAUUUAUACAUAUCUUGCUCAACGUAGUCUAUUUCGUCGUAUACGUUUUGCAUUGGAAAAACUUGCUGCUCGACCAUUAGAUUUAACAUAUUCUAGUGAUCGAAAUACAACAAUGUAUGAAUCAGCUAAACCAAUGGCACUUUUAUAUCAACCAUUAACCUAUUAUGAUGAUACAUUUAUUUUACAAGAAUAUUUUAUUCCAAAAGAAAAUUUUCAUCAAUGGUAUAAACAAUUAAAACCUAUUCUUACAAAAAAUUAUGAAUAUGUUUUUUUAUUAAAUUUAACAAUACGUUUUGUUAAGAAAGAUGAAUUAACAUUUCUUGCAUAUACAAAACAACAUGAUUCAUAUGCAUUUGUUUUCUAUUUUCGAAUUAAACGAAAUGAAUUUGGUGAUCAUGAAGUAAAAGAUAUACACCAAAAAUUAAUUCAAUUAGCAUUUGAAUGUCAAGGAACAUUUUAUCUUCCUUAUCGACAACAUUAUUCUUAUGAACAAAUUCUACAAUCAUAUCCAAUGUUUGAAGAAUUUCUAAAGAAGAAAUCAACAUAUGAUUCAAUUGAAUUAUUUUCAAAUGAUUGGUAUGAACAUUUUCGACCUGAAAAAGAUAUACCAAUAACUACAAAUCAAUCAAAUAAUAUUGAAAUCGAAACAGAUAAAUUUCAAAUAGUUGAACAGCGUCGAACAAAUUCAUUUUAUAAUGUUAUUAUUGAUGAAAUUCUUCGAGAAAAAUUUCGUAAAUUCCUCCGAACAGUUUUUAAUGCUGAACCUGUUCAUAGAAUUUUUAAUUAUGUUAAUCGAGCUGUUCGAAAUCCAGCUAAUAAGAAUGAUAAUGAUAUUUAUCGCGAAUUACAAAAUGUAUUAAAAACAAGACAAUUUGCUUCUAUUCAACAAACAUAUGCUUUAUUUAGACAAAUUCGACAACUACGAUUACAAAUUAAAGAUAUGUUAAGACAACAAAUAACAAUUUUCAAACAUUUAGGAUAUUGUGGAAGGAUCAAGGAUAUAGUCAGUCUUGGUGAUGGUGGUCGAUGUAUUAAAGAAUUACGUGAAAUAUUAGAGAUUAAAAAUGGUCGUGUCUAUAUUAUAAAUGAACGUGAACGACCAACUGAUAUAAUCGAACGAAAUAGUUUAUUUCCUAUUGGUACAUUUAUUCCAUAUAAUUUUUCAAAUUUAACCGAUGUUCCUAUUCCAAGUGAAUCUAUUGAUCUUGUUGUUUGUUAUAUGGGUUUACAUCAUUUACCACAAGAUCAACUUGAUAUAUAUUUAAAAAUGAUUUAUCGAAUUCUUCGUCCAAAUGGUUUAUUUUUAUUUCGUGAACAUCAUGCAUAUGAAGAAUUAAAACCAUUAUUAGAUGUUGCUCAUAUGGUAUUUAAUGUUGUAACUGGUGUUAGUUAUGAAUCGGAAAUAAAUGAAAUAAGAGCAUUUCGUACAAUUGAACAAUGGCGUUCUUGUUUAAGACAAGCAGGUUUUGAAGAUACAUUUAUUUAUGAUGAACAAGAAGAUGAUCCAACAGAUGAUAUUAUGAUUAUAUUUCGAAAACCAGACAAACAAAAUAUUGAUGAUGUAAAUGAUAUAAAUGAAAUAAUUCAAAAUGAAAAUUUUCGAAAAAUAAUUGCUACUCCAGAAACAAAUUAUUUUCGACCAUGUGAAUGGUUAAUUGUUCGUACUGCUAUACAAUUCGGACAAUAUUUAAAUCAUACACCAUUUUUUUACUUUCCUUUUAUGAAAUUUCUUUACAUUUAUUGGUCAUUAUUUCGUACGGAAACUGAAUUAGCUAUACAAAAAUUUGGUUUUCAACAAGCUGUUAUAUAUUCACCAGGAUUUGUAAUGAAUAGUGUUGUUGGUAUUUUAUUAUCAGGUGCAUUUAUACAAUUAGAAUUUUUUUCAGUUCUUAUUCGAAAUGCAAUUCGUAGUCAAAUCAAACCUGAAUAUGAACAAUUAAUUAUUGAAAAUAUUGAUGAAAAUUUUGAUUUUAAACAAUUAAUUGAUGAAAAUAUUGAUGAUAUACAAAAAUUACAUAAAACUGGUCUGUAUGCAAUACGAGUGCCAAGGCAUCGUAGUUUUACAAUAAUACUUAAAAAAUUUGCAUUAUAUUCACCUAAAAUUAAUCUUCAAGCAAUAUCAACUUUAACUGAUUCUAUUCAAAUUGAAUUAAAAAUUAAUAAUAAUGAUGAAAAAUGUCUUUUAUGGUUAAAACAACGAUCAAAUACUGAUAUUGUAUUUGAAUAUAAAAAUCCAAUAGAUAAAACUCAAACAAUUAUAAUUAUACGUGUUACUAUUAAAUAUUUAUUAUCAUUUAUACGUGAAUGUGAACCAUUUGAAAAUGAUAAUUCAUUAACAAUUAUUCAAAUUUUUGAUCAUUUUAAUUAA